AUGGAGUACGAUCGUCAAAAACUUAACAGCAAUGCGCUUUUUCAUUUUUCGGAUUACGAUAUAAAUAUGCCGAUGAUCUUCAUCUGUGGAAUGUUUGUGAUCUCCGUAUGCAUGCUUAGCUUGGUCAGUUUGACCAGUGGCGGUGAUCCUGAUAUACGCACUUUCCGUGGCUGCGACGCCGAUACUCCUUUCGAUGACUGGGAGAGUUCCGAAUUCCCGUCCAAUCUAAACGACCUCUUCUCCGCCCUCAACUCCAAUGCCACCAGCGAAACAGGCUACUACAACGCCACCUUUGGUAAGAAACUAACUGAAAUGGCACACGGCUGCUUCCUCUGUCGUGGUGACGUUGAGGUAGACGUUUGCACACAAUGCGUGAACGCGGCAAUCCUAACGGCAGUCCGGAGCUGCCCCAGAAGUAAAGGGGUUGUGUGGUGGUACGGCAAGAACUGUAUGUUAAGGUACUCAGAUGAGUCAUUCUUUUCCAUUGUGCAAUACUUGCCUGAAUUCACCAACGAGCAGUUUUUCCAUCCAGCCAUCACCGAGGCUUCCAAGGCUUCUUCCAAGUUUGCAACCAAGGAAGCGCAUGUUACAGGGUCGAAUAUUACGCUGUACAGCCUUGCGCAGUGCACGCAGGACCUCUCCACUGCAGAUUGCAAUUCCUGUCUUAGGGUACGAAACUUUCCCCUUUUACGGGAAACCACGGGUUCGUCAUCUUCGUCGUCGUCGUCGUCCUCCUCUUCCUCCUCAAGAAAUGAUAUAGCAGCUAUUGAGUCCUUGCAACUUGACUUGGAAACUAUUGAAACUGCAACAAACAAGUUUUCUGAUAGUAAUAAGUUAGGUCAAGGCGGAUUUGGUGAAGUUUUCGAGGGAACGCUUGGUGUUAAUGGACAAGAAAUAGCAGUAAAGAGGUUGUCGAAAAGCUCGUUGCAAGGUGUACAAGAGCUUAAGAAUGAGGUUCUAUUGAUAGCCAUGCUUCAGCACAGAAAUCUAGUGAAGCUUCUGGGAUUUUGCUUGGAAGGAGAAGAAACCAUACUUGUCUAUGAAUAUGUGCCUAACAAAAGUCUUGAUUAUUUUCCAAAUGUCUGUCUGUCUGCGUAA